AAAAAUGUACACGAACCGCACUCCCCACGAGACUACACAACGGUAUUGGGCAUUUCCCUCGUGAACACAAAAUUUGGGUUUCAUGUUCCCUCGACCGCAGCGUGGUAACAAAAAUAUUUUUUUUGAGAAAACCAGAGGAAACUUUGCAUAUUAAUUUGAUUCAAAUGAAUUUAGAUCUGCCGGGUAAAGUGAGAAAUUAAAAGUUGCAAACGUCAAGACGGAUAUAAACAAAUUAGCCGUGAGACCCUCAGGUCGGGCAUACACGCGUAAGCCUAUCAAGUUCACUCGUCUUGUGUGUGAUUUUAAUAUUAACUGAUAACAAUUAAAUAACCCAUAGUGCGCGCUGUGCAUCGGUAAUCUGUCAAAUAGUGCGGUGAUAAUUCGAUGUGUACAAAUUACAAUGUUUACGAUUGGUGAAUACUGCUGAAUAUUUGAACGCAAACUGUGUGACCCGUGAGUGCCAAGUUCCAAGGGACACGAUGUAGCCGGAAUUUAUAGUGAUUAUGAUCGGAUAAAACUGUGCAAAGGUUUAAUUUACGGAAUUCAUAGACUCGUCAAAAUGACUGACGGUUUAGUUACGGUGAAAACCGAGCGGCCUGAUGAGGCCGAGAUCAGGGAGUUGGCGGCGAAAAUGGUGGAAGCCAACAAGGCGAAGGCUUUGGCGGCGUCGGUGGCGGCGGCGCGACCGCAGCCCGGUGCCAUGCUGGGCGCGGGACCCCCCACGGUCGGUGGGCAGAUGGGGAUCCUCAACUUCCUCUCUAGGAAACCAGGUGCCCCGCAGACUACUGAUCAGCGACCGGUCAGUGACGACAAGAAGACCCCAGCACCCGACGAAGCGAGUUGGAAAGGCCACUUCGGCUGGGACCAGCUUGGGAAGUGUCACAUCCCCUACAUCUACCGGUCCAGCGAGAAGUACGUUGCCGUCCGGAUGGUGGAGAUCAAGCUCCUUAACAAGUACCUGAACUACCUGCACGCAGACAUCUACUCCUGCACAUGCAUACGGAGUUACUACAUCACAGAGGUUGAGUCCAGACUCCUUAACGAAAUUAACAACAGGCAUUGUGACGGUCAGUUUGGUCGCGAGCCAUUCACACAGAAGGACUUGGUUGUGAGGUUAUCUGAUGCUGGGGAGUUUUACAACUUCCUGGACGUGUGCUACAACAAGUUACUCCGUGGUACAACGAACAAUAAAGACAAGUGUGGUUUUAUUAGGAUUAAUAAGGAAUCUGUGGUUCCAUACACAGUGCGGGACUGUCAGAAGUUUGUGCCGUUAUUCUACUUUGAAGGUGAAACAGACAACUUGAAGUUAAAAGCGGACCAGCUGAAGGGGUGGGACUUAUCAUAUUUAAAGUUCUGUUGUAAAGUGCAGGGGAUUAGGAACGAACUGUUUGCCAGUGAGACAUGCUCUGUGAUUAGUUUGACAGACAUCAAGAGUUAUUUCCCGCCGGGCACUGAGUUUGAGGAGUACUGGCCCAACAAAGUUGUGGACUCGCAGCUCCUGAUCUCAGCUAAGGGCUCAGUGUCCGGCGGCGGGCAGUGGACGCGCGCGCCGCCCGCGCCGCCCCCUGGCGUCGUGGGCGGCGUGGGCAGCGGCGUGAGCAUGGCCAACGUGGGCGCGGCUCGCGGGCGCCGGCCCACGCAGCGGCACUCCGCGGCGGCGAACGCCAUGCAGAUGCCGCACGGGGGCAUCUCGGCGGCCACCGUGCAGGCGCUGGCGAACGGCUGGAACCUGCCCGGCACGCUGACCCAGGCGCAGACGCAACAGGUGCUCAGGCUCGCUCAGGCGCAAGUGGCGGCGCAGGCGCAGGUGGCGGCGGCGCGCUACAACAACGCGGCCAUCGCCGCAACUAUGCCGCAGCACCGCUCACAGCACAACCGGAACGUGCAGUUCCCCAACAACGCGAUCACGAUGGCGAUGGGCCAGCAGCCGCCGCCGCCGCUCGUGCGCAGCACCAACAACACCUCCACCAUGAAUGUUCAACCGCAAGUGACUGGCUCAAUGAAUGGGCAUUCGGGAACGCACACGUCGGACUCGCGCAAGCGACUCACGCCCAUCCCGGACGUGAACAUCACUGGCAACCACACGCCCUAUAAGGUCCAGAAGGCGGUGGUGGAGAACACGAUGGUGCCGUGCAUCAACGCCAAGCCCUACCAGUACACGGAACAGCUGAUGACUCUGCCCGACCUGGCGAGUCACUUCUUCCCGCGCGUGCCGCUCGGCACCUGCCGCGCCAUGCUGGACGCGCUCGGCCUCACGCUCUACAAGCCCAACACAACCCAGCUGCAAGUUCUGCGCAUGUGUGGCAAGUGCAAGUCCGCGGCGGCCGGCGAGAACGGCAUGGCUUUAGUGCAGAUCCGUGACGUCAUACAGCACAUGCCGCAGUUCAAGUACAUGAUGCGCUCCGGCCUGGCGGACGAGGCGCCGCACCAGGCGCACCAGUCCCCGCGGCCGGCGCACGCGCCGCCGUCGUCGCACGCCAAGCGGGCGCGCGCCAACUAGCUGUCGCAGUACGGCAUGGCUGUCCACCACGGCUAUAGCGACAGUGAGAGCGACUAGUGGUGGGGACGGUGACCGUGGACCGGUGAAAGUGUUUUGUAUGAAAUGUCAAACCUCAACAACAACUGAAAAGUGGUCAAAUCGAAGGAUAGUUAUGAGGAGUGACACAAAUAGAGUUACAGUCGAGUGAAGUUACACGUUGACGUUUUAUAUGAAAAGUGCUGUCAAGUGACUCUAAGCAGUUAAGGUAACGGACAAAAUGUUAAGUCCAACAAUGUAUAUAUUAAGAUUGUAAAAAGCAAUAUUGUAAACAAUUUGUGUUGUAACAGAUGAGGCUGCCGUAAUGCCUGGCUUUGUAAGCUGAACGCACUUUACAAAUCGCGAGCCUAGUACUUGGUCUGAAUUUGUAUUUGGACAAUUGAUAUAAUGCAUUUUGUUUUAAUAUAAAUUAAAACAAAAUGCAUUAUAAUAUAAAAUAAUUUUUUUGCGUUUAAACCACCCUGUACGGAUAGCUAGCCACGCGAAAGCGGUGUCUAACAAUGAUUAAUUCGUUGAGUGCAGGCAAACCUUGUAAUUUGCGAUCAGCAUAUUUGAGAUUUCUGUAGAAUCUGUCUUAAUUGGAUAAGAUUGGUCUCGAUAACGUAGAUCUACCUUACACUGGUAGUUGUUUAGUUUUUAUUACUUAGAUUGAAAUUAUAUGGUUAGUGCUUUUUGGAAAACUAAUUUAUGUAAGGUAAGAGUCAGGGACAUUCGGAAAGACUUAACUUCCCGUGAGAGAAUAUAUGAAGGCUAUACGAAGUAUACUUUGUCUGUUCAAAUUUGUAUGAAAGAUAAAGGCGAAAGAAAGGGCGUCGGCUACUUCAAAGACUCUGCACGUACUGUACAACUGCAGAAUAUAUUAAUUUGGAGGAUUCAAUUAAUACUUUAUAUUUUUAUUUCCCGUUCUUGUAAAUGUGUUUCUGAAUGGUAAUAAAUAAUUAUUUAUUUUCACACUGUUUCCAAAAUAGCCUGUGGGUGUACUGCAGACGCAUUUGAACAGAUGAACUAUGUGAUGUUAAUACCUUUUGAGUGUGCAGUUCUCUUGAGUAGUAAUGUACUAUGUACUUUAUCAAUAAUGUCUAACUCCCUGUACAUGCGCUGAUUUUCAAUUUGGAAAAUCAUUCUGGACCCGAAUUGGGGUGGUCAGGGAAACUCCAAUGUUUGUAAAGCAAAUAAUUUAUCUAAUAAUAACAAGUGAUUUUAUUCAAAGAAGAAAUUUACUUUUUAACAAUUUUACAUCAGAUAUGCAUGGUAAGACCUUCCAUUAAACAGGUUUCUAUGCCUUGUCAGACACUUACAAUUGCCCAAGUAUCACUUUCAUUUGGUAUGGUUUUUUAGGUAUGUAAAUACAUAGUUAUUGUCGUUUCUUUCAGUGAUUUGCUAGGAAGGCAUUCUGAAAUUUAACUUUACUAAUUGAUGUGUCUUGAUACAUAAAAAUUUUAAAGUCAAUAUACACUCGCCCCUUGUAGCACUUUGUACCACAUUGUACCAUAAUUUAGUGCAGAAGAUCCAUCCUGUCCAGAGUGUGGUGAGGUGGAUACCAGUUUUCAUUUCAUAGCUGAGUACCCCAUGUAUGCGCUGGUAAGAUGGGAACUACAAGGUAAGGACAGUAUAAGUGUAGAAGACCUGGCAAACCUCUCUAUAGGGGAUAUCGUGAGGUUCACAAAAGAGACUGGUAGGUUUCAGGCUGCCGGGACACCAGUAAACCUGUGUCUCAAACAUGGGGAAUAGGGUGGAAUAGUCCUGACAGAGGACUGAUCACGCGUCUGGCAAUGGCAGGUGUCCUCUCACCAUAAUUUAGUGCAACUUGCUUUGCAAAGUCUUGUACAUAGUACAUUAUUGUCUUGGACUGUAAUACUAUCGGGUAAUAUUGUGGAGUAUAAUCAGACAAUAGGAAUGGUUGAAUCAAUUGUUGCGCGGCAAACAAAUGUUACUUUAAUUUGUAACAUUUAUAAAACAACUGCGAUUACAGUACAGGCAGUUGCACUUUGAUUUGGUACGAUCAAAUCAAUAUUAUCAUCACAAAACUUAUAUGUAUAGAAUAUAAUAUAAAUAGUUAAAAGAAAUAAGUUUGUUGAUAACAAAAUAUUAUUGUAGCUUAGGUCAGGUCAAUUUCUAUAAUAAACAUAUAUACUGAUUAUAUUGUACAAAUUGUAUAAAUACAUUUUGUAAAUCCAGGAUCUAAUGUUAAAUGAUCUAUAAUAUUAUAAUAGAAGACUGAGAAUUUUAUUUUUUAAAUUGUUUCUUAGAUCGAAGGCUAUUGUUAUGAGAUUUACUUUUUAGUUGGGUUUAAGCCGGCAACACAUUGGUGCCACGUAACCACAAAUUUUCGAAGUCACACGUGUUGAGUCAAAUCAACUCUCACUUACAAUCUCUCACAAAAUAUUAUGAUUUUAUUUGAGACAACACGCUUGACUUUCCGGGGCGCUUUGCUAAUGUGGCUGUGCAAUUAGUUUGCGUGUUAUAUCUGUACGUGUUUAAAUAUUUUAUGUACAAUAUAUUAUUAUAUUGUGUAAAUAUUUACUGAGUAACAUCCAUAGAGUGUGUCAGGGUCCCUACUAAUCACAGACUCGUUACCUAUAAUUGCUGGUUGAGAAAAACGUUAUGAAUGGAAAUAUUUUAAUUCCAAAAAGUUUGUACAGCUUGUUGAGAAACUUAACCUUUUUUGGCAGUUUGUUUUUAAUCUUUGAUAAAUAACGAAACCCGGACGCACAAACAUAAUGGAAACAAAUGCAAUUGAAAGUUUAAAAACUAAAGAAUUCCUUCAAAACCAUGAAAUAUCCAUUUCAACAUUAAUGCAACCAAAAAAUUGGAUCCUAUUUAGUUAUGCAAAAAAACAGAGGGUUUUUUCGAUUAAGUGAUUUUCGCUGUAAAACGGCGAUGUACAAAAGUGCAUUGCCUAUUUUGCAAUAAUUACUAUCGACCAAUGAAAAUAGUUCUAUCUUGUUACACUACACUACCAAUAAAACGUUAGUAGGGGCCCCCCCUGCAAUGCUCUUAUAAAUUAAAUGUCAUAAUAUUGUAUGCAUUGUGUUUAUCGAGAAAAGACACUAAUAUAUAAAAAUAUAUGGAAGAUAUAGAUGUAAAUAUUAAUAAAUGUUUUGUAAAGCGUCAUUAAUAUGUGACUAAAUAUAUUAUGCAUUAAGAAAAAUAUUUUCUUCAUCACAAUUUCAAAUUCACAACAUUUUUGUAUUUUGGUUGCUAAAAUAUUAUGUAACUAAAACGAUAAAAUAACUUUAAGGCGAUGGAGCAUUUAAUGGUCUUUGAUACAAAAAUAUAAAGCAGGAAUAAUAAGUAAGAAAUGUUUCUAUCUGGUUUCAUUUAAAUAAUAAAAAGCAGUUAUGUGUAUUUUCGUUAAAUGGGUUUUAUAAGUUAAAAUUACAUCCCAUGUCACAACAUAUAAUAAAUAAUAUUUAGUGUAUUAUUGUAACACAGACCAUUUUAGAUGAUUCCAUUCCGCCAUUUGCAUAUUAUUGAUAAUUUGGAGUUUGGCUUACUGAAAUCUUAACACUAAACUAACAGGUUAAAAAUAAUUUCAUUACAAAAUGCUGUCUGUUGAAAAAGCAAUAAUUUGGACCUGUUUUUUUUUAGUGUGGGGUAGGUACAGUGUAUUAAAAUAAUGUUUUAAUAUUACCUAAAAACAAUGAAAAUGAUUUUAACCUCAAAAUCAGACGUUGUUUUUAGUAGUAUUCUCAUGGAGUUUAUACUUAACAUUUUUGUAAAUAUUUAAAAACAAACUCUUGUAUUUAAAGUGACUUGUUAAAAAUGUUCUUUGACACCAGCAUAUAUUUUAAACAGUGGUGCUAGUGAUAGACAGAUAUAAAACUAGUGCUAAGCUCUUGUGACAGUGUUUUCUUUCGCAAACAAAAGCACUAUUGUUUAUUUCAAUGUAGUAUUUCAACCAUGGCUUAUUUCUUUGUUAUUUCAUUUGUGCCUAAUUGCAUAUUGAAGGAAAAUAAUUAAUAAAAUAAACAGUAUAUUACAAUCUGUUAAAUUGAAUAUUAGUAUCCUUCUUUUUAUUAUUUUGUACACUGUCCCUUACGCCAAGUAUAAAUUUAUUGAUCAGGAUCAAAAUUUAUGAUUAAUGGCUUUAUCACAUAUAAAAUUAGUAUGAGAGUGUAAUAAUUAUAUUAUUUAGCAUUAUUAUUAUUAUAUAAAUAUGGUUGGUUGUAUGAAGCUGAUCGCACCGAUUAAUAUAAGUGUCGCACAGAACUCGUUGCGUCUGACGUGCACUAAUGUGCGAUAAGCUUUAAGCCGGAUUUAGAUGAAAGCAGUGGUGCUAACUUGGAUGCACACACGAAUCUCUAAACUUAACAGGUCUUAAAUUAGUGUUGUGAAUUGUGAAUUAAGUUGACAAAAAUAAUACUAAUUUUAGAUUUUAAAUUUAGAUAAGAGAUACUGUACAACCUUAAUCACGAAAUUGACAGGUCUUACUGUUAAAGUAGUCCUAUCGUUUUUGCAACGUUAGGUCAACUAAACGCUAUGUUUAGACCUGCAAAUUAAGUUGACAUAUUUGUGUGCACCAAAAUUGGCACCACUUUCUCACUAAAUCCGCCUGGAGUGAGAAUUUGUUAUUGUAUCGAAAACUACCUGAUCUUUCCAGUGACUUAGUAUUGGCUAGAUGUAUAUGUUUAAUAUUUUUAAGGUCACGAGUUUUAGAGAAUGUUAGUGCUCUGGUUCCUAUAGGUAGCUAGUGCGGCCAGAUCGAGAUUUCAUUAUGAGAUACAACAAGAUUAAUUGUUUAUUUGAGUUGAUGCUGAAUUAGAAAAUAUGCUAGCAAAGUGGCACUUAUGUCGCUCAUUUUAAAAUACUCAUAAAAACGAUUGCGAAUAAUUAAUUUCCAGUCCGCCUACAAAAAACCGUGUGGUAAAAUGAACAACUCUAGUUUACGUUUUGGGUCGGUUUUGUAAUAAUUCAAUUAAAAAUCUUGCAGAUAUCCCAAAAUAAUCGUACUAUUUGCGCUAUUAAAAUCAAGAAGCUAAACUCCCAAUGCCCUUGUAUAUUUAUAACAAUACUUUAAUAAACAAAUGUAACAUUAAGACUAAGAAUUAAUGCAGUGCAGAUGUUUGACAGUGUUUGGUAAACAAUUUAUCUUCAAAAUUGAAAUAAUAAAAAAUACCUCAAUAUCAUAUAUAAUGUUGUUUACAUGACACAAAUCUACACUAAAUAGCCAGGUGUAAAAGUAGAGCUAUCCUUCCUUGUCACUAAUUUAAAACAUGUGAUUUGAGUGUAUACACAAAUCAACACAAAAGUCAACACCAGUUUUGCCACAAUUCAAAUAGACCUCGGUGUUUUCGAAUUUUAUGAAUAUUUACUGAUAAAAUUUUAAUGUGUUAUUCACUCAACGAUAGUGGUAAAAAUGCGUAAGGUUAUUUCUAAAUAACACUUGAUUCAUGGACAUGGCUAAAUUGGUAUUCGGCCCAUAACAAAAUAUUUUAGUACAUGGUAAAUACUAAAUAUCACACAGUAAAUCGAGGCCUAGAAAUUUUUAACCUAUAAUGAAGUCUUGAUUAGCCAUAUUCAGGCAAUGUCUGAAAUAAGUUUGGUAUCUUCACAAUUCAUUAUUUAUUUUCGGUGUAUUUUAGGUGUUAGGUUAAAUGUAAGGAUGCUUGUUAAGAGUGAAAGAGAGAAGCUAUCUUUAUGCGUAUACAGUGAGCAGUGUAAAUGAUAUGCUAAUACUAAAUUAUUUAUGGUGUAGUUAAGUAACAUAUAAAGUAUUUGAUAUGUUUAUCACAUUAAAAUCGCAAUAGCUCUUCUAAUUAUUGCAACCCUUUGUGGAGUCGAUGACUCUUGUAUUUGCGAAAUAAAGGGAUUCUUUAUCUAAAAAUA